UCAAUUCUGGUAUUGCCCGGACCUCAGAUUUAAUUCAUCAAUUGCACUCUAGUCGGUCGGAUGUCAAAAUUAGCAUCGAGUAUAUAUAAAGUUCAGAUAAAAGCCAGCAUCAGUUCGAGUUACUUCUCAUUCGACAUUAGAGCGUUUUAAGUCCGAUUCGCUGACGGUGACUGUGGCAGUGACAUUGACGUCAUCCCUUCAACAUGAACAUAAUUGGCAUACUAUUUCUUAUCCCCGCCGGUCUCUUGGGGGUUCAGAGCGUUGAGAUCUACACAGAAAAGCCCCCAUAUAUUGAAUCAUGUCGGAUUUACGAACCGGAAUUCACCAAAUGCUCCACCCGCUCCAUCCAAGCCUUUAUGAACCAGGUAACAAAGGGUAUACCGGAGAUUGAAAAGUCCUUUGGACAAAUAGAUCCCAUGAAACAGGAGCAGCUGGUAUUUAAACAGGAUAAUAGCGAUGUGGCCAGCAUUGCUGCGAAUCUUACGGAGAUGUUAAUUAGCGGCUUUGGCAAAAUGGUGAUCAAGGAGAGCAAGGUCAGUAAAAAAGACUUCAGUUGGCUCACCAAGAUCUAUUUGCCCAAAAUGCGCAUGGAUGGCAUGUACAAAAUGGUUGGAAAAAUUUUACUAGUUCCCCUGCGCGGAGCCGGGAAAAUCGUGCUGGAAAUAGAUGACCUGGAUAUACUGAUGAGUACCAAGACGCGGCUCUACGAAAGGGCCGGCUUCACGUUCUACAACGUGACUUCCGUAAAGGUUAAGCUAGAGGUCGGGAAAGUACGGACCAAUAUGGAAAACCUAUUCAAUGGGCGGAGCAAAGAGGUCGAGGAGGGUACCAACCAGUUCUUUAACGAUAACUGGCGGGAUUUGUUCGAGGCGCUACGUCCACUAGUGGUGGAGACUGUGGAACGGACCCUGCUGGAUUUGCUUCACAAGACAUUUAGCAUUUUUCCCGCAAGCUUUUUUGUGGAGGACAUACCUAACUCCCUGACCUUGUAUGGUCGCAAAUCGAAGAUGAUUACUGACUAAAAUUAAUUUUCGCACUUCA